AACAACCACUAUUACAUGCUGCUUAGUUAUUAUACGUGUCUUUUUAAUGUAGGCUAUACAUGGCAUUUAAAAUCUUCUCCAGACUCACCUCGUUAAACCUCCAAAUUAAGGGUCCACAGACUGCCUUCAGGGCGUUAUGCUCCGGCUGCAGUUUAUCGGUGGAACACGACCGACAGAACCGGCGUUUCACCGUCACUCCGGGCAGCGGGGCAGGCGGCCAUGCAGAGUGUGCAGUGCUACACUACACAUUCAUCGGAGAGAAGGAAGUGGACUUAGUGUCAACGUAUGUUCCAGAGACAUUUAGGGGCCAAGGUGUUGCUGCAUUGCUGUCACAGGCUGCCAUGGACUUCCUGGUUGAAGAACACCUCAAGGCUCACAUCUCCUGCUGGUAUAUAAAGAAAUACAUCGAGGAUCACCCAAUGAAAACUUAUAAAGAACUUUUGAUCCCUUGACUGCAGCCAGAUUGUGAAGAACAGCCAGUGAUGCUACCUCAAAUUAUCUUUAACCAAAAUCAGUCAAAAAUAAUCUGAAUAGAUAUUUCAAGUUGUAAAUUGUUGUUCGACAACCUGAAUUAUGUAAAUUGUUGUUCGACAACCUGAAUUAUGUAAAUUGUUGUUCGACAACCUGAAUUAUGUAAAUUGUUGUUCGACAACCUGAAUUAUGUAAAUUGAUUUUUCAUACCAGAAAGCACUUUUUAAAAUGUUGUCAUCUUUAAUUAAUUAAUUCAUAGUUUCUCAGUAAGUAUUAAUAUGUAUUAAUUAUUUAAUAUUUGGAAAAAAUAAACGCAAAUGUUAGCCAGGCAUAAUGUUUGAUUUUUUUUAAUCAUUUCUGCAAAAAUAAUGAACACUUUGUGUCUCUGAUGCAGAAUAAUGGGUGCUGAAUAUCAUUUAAAAAAUGCUUGUAAUGUAGUUGUCACUCUUCAGUAAAAUUCUGCUAACAUUUAGCAACAACUCUUAAAGAAUAUGCAUUUGUUGAUGAUUAAACAUGAUUUUCUGAG